AUGAGCCCCUUGGUGUGUUGGUGUAUGGCAGGCGUCUCCCGAAAUCAUAUAGGUGGGAUCUUCGUAUCCCUUUCUUCACUUGAGCAAGAAGUUAUACCACACGUCUUUGCACCAGCCCUUUAUCUUGCCUACAAUAAGUUCCAACACCUCUGUCUAAACGUCAAUUUUCUUUUGGGACAGAAAAUGGUGAGAGAAAAAAACCCGAAGAGCAUUUCAGGGUUUUUGAAGUUGUGGGAAGUGCAUUGCCAAGGCCAUGUCGAUAAUUUAGAGAACUUCCCCGUCUUCCUCGAUCCUCUGGUGUUCAACGGCGUCCUUGCGAUGCCAGGUUUCUGCUAUAACUGUCUCACAAAUCCAGGACUACCAGCCAGCACACGCAUGUAUCAAUUCAAAACCAAACUGAAGUGGCAGUCUCAUAUUCAGACACAUGCGAGCUUCAAUUUUACCUUCAGGACGCCCAUGAAGAGACCGAGGAAUGAACUCAAUGAAGGGUACUCCAUCCAACCAAAUAAAAAGCGAAUCAUCCUCCAAAACAGAGCGGAAGACCAGCCAUCGCUGUUGGAGAAUAUAUUUAUCAACUCCAUUAUUUCUUCUAUGGAAGCGGCUUCCAACAGUACAAGCAAGUCAUCUUCCGCCAAUUAUCCCUUGAUAGCAGCCCAGCUGCUAGUGGUUGCGGACAUGACAGCGGUAUUUGAUACCGCUGUCAUCUAUAUGAAUCGCAAUAAGCCAUCUUUCGUGCUACUCAAAGAGCAGCGAUCUAGUCUGGUGGAACCUCAACGAAGAGGAAUGAAGAAUAGAAAGAAGUUGGUCUCUAUUAUGGCGUCUAGCUACGCGUGGAGGAAUCAAGACGUUGCGUGA